AUGGAUAGGGGGUCAAAAAUGCAUGAACUUCGUCAAUAUUUAAUUUCAAUCGACUGCUUCUGUGAGAAGACAUGGAGCCACUCACCCCAAUACUCCAUUGGCUACUGCCAGCAGUGCCCAGAUAAAGUUAAAUGGCCUGCCGAGAUGGGAUCUCCUCCUCCUCUGUACUUCAAUGCUGGAAUGUUUGUGUUCGAGCCUAGCCGUUUAACCUAUGAAAGUCUUUUUGAGACUCUCCAAAUCAUUCCACCAACACCAUUUGCUGAGCAAGAUUUCUUGAACAUGUUCUUCCAAAAGAUUUACAAACCAAUUCCCUUGGCCUACAACUUGGUUCUCGCGAUGAUAUGGCGCCACCCAGAGAAUGUGGAGCUUGAGAAAGUAAAGGUGGUGCAAUAUUGCGCUGCUGGUUCAAAGCCCUGGAGGUACACUGGCAAGGAAGUUAACAUGGACAGAGAGGACAUAAAGAUGUUAGUGGAAAAAUGGUGGGAUAUUUAUAACGAUGAGUCCCUUGAUUUCAAGGCAGAAGAUCAUGCUCCAGAAAAAGAGACAUUUUCGAGAACAUCCAUCAUGUCUAUUAUGCCAAAAUCUGCCAUUUCUUACAUUCCGGCUCCCUCCGCCGCUUGAAAAGUCGUUUAUGUAUUACUAGCAGAUAUAUUAUACACUUUAUCAGGACAGUCGGCCUUUCUUUGUUGUGACUUGCGAGAGUUCAUUAGGUACCUUAUGAUACGACUCUUAGUAAUGAGUCUGAUCUAAUUUUCUUGGAUGCAUGUCUUCCAGAUUGUAUGAAUUUUGUCUAAUAUAUUAUGUACUUACAAAUAUA